GCGGGCAAUUUCCGAGUAAAUGACAACUUCCUUGAUGGAGUGAAGGGGAUUUCCAGUAUGUUCUUUCCUCCAAUCUCGGCUACAUGCCAAAAGCAUAGUGCAGUAGCCUGAACUCAACGCAGUUUCAUUAAUUACACUAAGUCCGGCCGCGACAGGCCUGUUUCAUGGUAUAGGCCGUUUGUUAGUGGAACAAGGCCCUACAACACAUCAUACAAUAAGCCUACAGAUCAUAGUGUUGGUUUGGUAGAGAUGGCCUCAAACGUCCGCAUUCAGAUGGAAGCGACCAUCUCAGCAGUGGAUGAAACGCCUGAAACGCCACCAACGAACACGACUCCUGUCAGCGAUAGUCACGGUGAGAGCCAAAGUGCCUGUAUGAAAUGUCUAGUCAAGUUGUUAGUCCCCGUGACAGAAGAUGAAAAAGAGGAGGAAUCGUUAGCAUCGCCAAGCGAAGAUGUACUGCUUCCGAGAGAGCAGGUUAACUUCGACGAAGUCACCAUGAGGUACUACCUGACCCCCUACCUUUUAUUCGUCGAGAACCAGGAGAGAAUCCUCAACGACAAACACGAGCAUAUGCAUAAAACUGACAGGAAAAAACUGGCGUCGGAUCAUCUGAUUUCUGCGGAAGUUUCAACGAUCAUCAAGGAAUUAACUCAAUAUCUCAACGAAGAAGGCAGCAUGAUGUUUAGGGGUGGAGAACUGAAACGAUGCGGCAGUGUCGAAGAGGGAACCAAAGUCAGUAGUUGUGAUGAAUUUGACUUCCAGUACUUGAUUUCCUUAAACAACUACAGAGCGACUCGGAAGCCUCUCCUAAGAACCAAGCCGAGAUCUUCUGGCGAAACUACAAAGUCGUUCUUCAGCCUUGCAGUGGCGGAGAUCAAUGACGCUGAUGAGGCCAUUCAGACGGAACUUCUCCCGAAAGAUGUCCACACUCAAUUUAAAGAUGAGGUUGGGAAUGGACUCUCGAAACAGGACUUGAAGUACGGUCACUUGCUGAAGAAGGCUGGCCCUGCUGUGAAGAUAGUCCUUUGGAAAAAGACGAGGUAUGGCAAGCCGGAAUGCUUCGUUAAGAUUGACCUUACUCUCGGAAUAAGAGCAGAUGUCGACAAACUGUUUGAAAAAGAGGAGUUGACCCCUUUAGCUUCAGCGCUGCCAUGGAAUUUGACAUUAAAAUGUCACUUCGUGUGUGCCCAUAAUUACUGGAAGAUAUCGUUUGUCGAGACGGAGCAAGAGCUGAUGAGGAAGAUCUGCGAGGAAGAUGUUUUCAAGAUGACAUGUUACAGGGCAAUAAAGUGUGUCCGAGACAAAGUUGACAUUAAGGACCCGUACGGUGACGGCAUCCUGCCUUCCUACCCUAUCAAGAUGACAUUCAUGGACAUCGCGCUGAAAGACUGUCAGGAUGGUGUGAAAUGGCAUAUGGAAGAUCUGGGCAAACACGUGAUUCACGUCCUGAAGGAAGUCGAAGGAAGAGGUCAGGGUCAUCGACUCAAGUGUCCAUUCCUCCUCGGCGAUGACGUCAUGGGAGAGGCAGAUAGAUCGUACCUUGAGAGUCGGAGAGUUUUGAAAAAGCUGAAGGAAUCUGAAGGCGUUUACGUUUCUCAGCAGAGUACUUUGUUCCCAAUCCUCAUUGCAUUUUCCUUGCUUUCUUACUACAUGUUCUUGUGGUGUUAUAUGUAUUUGGAGGAUGGUGAUACUAUCCCUCGGUCGGACAACAACAUCCCCGUGAAGCCGUAUCUACUUGCCUGCUAUGUUUCGGGCCAGUCAUCUGUUUUCACACUAGCGUGUCAAUUAUUAGUUUGCAUACUAUUUUUUUUGAAAAAGAGAGGAAAUAGGGAAAUCCAUCCCCUUUACAGGAUCUAUUACAUUAUCCCUUUCAUCGAGUUAUUGUACUUCAUCGUAGGAUUUAUUCUGGAGAUGUUGUUUUUAGGGUAUGGCAGUUGGCGAUACGACCCGUUGCUUUUACCGGUUGAUGUUCCAGUUUUUACAGUCAGUUCCUGCAAAUCCCAUGCAUUUGUCCUUUCAAUACUUGUUCAGUUUUUCAUCAAUUCACCAUUAUUAUUCAGCGGGAUAACUAUCAGUGCCAAUGCUAUAUUUUCCAUAGCGCUCGAGAAGAACUUGCGCCUUUUUCAUACAUAUUUAACUUUCCCUGGUGGCGGUUGGCGAUGGAGAGCACCAGAUGGUAACCGCUAUGAAUUUCUGCCCGAGGUGUGUGGUAGAGAAGGUUUUCAAGGCUUUACGAAAGCUCGGGCCUACAUUGUAGCUAUACUAACUCCUCUUGCGGUAUUCCUCACGAUUGUUAUACCAGCGUACUACACCACUGUUGACAGUUACACUGAUUUUCCUCGAAUUCACCACGCUUGCAUUUUACAAGGCGUUCUUUUAGUGAUCCUUGUGUUACUACUCAUACAGCAAAUCAUCGGAUCGCGUUCUUGGAGUAAUCACUGGGAAGUAAUCUGUGAAUCAAGGAUAAAUAGCUGUGGCAACGCGGCGUUCUGUUAUUUUUUUCCAUACAUUUUUUGUCCAAAUUGGGAAGCUCUCAAAGACGACUUAAGAACAAAAGCCUAAAACAAACUUAGAAAACGUAGACUGUGUCAAUAUACACACUCUUCCAAUUCAACUAAUUAGCAAAAACUAAUAAUCUGCAUAGUUACUCAUCCACCAACUGCAACUGAACUGUCAAAAUUUA